UGCAUUCGUGUCAGUGAAAACUCUUAAAAAGUCUCGAUGCGGGCUCCCUGCAAAGCCUCAAAUCACAGACUUCUCUUCAGGCACACACGUUGGGCUUCUAUUUUUAGAGAGAAACAAGAGAGUCGUCCUCCCAGGAGGAUUUAUGUUCAGUUUUUAACCCGGGAGAUAGUUGUCAAACUUUGCGGACGCGCUCGAAACUGAAGCCCUCUCGGAUUUUGAGACGUUGAAGAGACUCGCACAUCAAAGUUUAGCUAGCUGUUAACAGGCCUUUGCUUGUCCUGGUGUCGGUGGUGUUUGCUUAGGAACACCGCGAUAAGAGAAGGUCAUUAAAACAUUCGUUCCUUGCCAAGAAAGCCAAACUUAACGGGCGACUGCUUCAGAGGAAAUAUAAAAGUUGCUACCAAACGGUAAACGGACAUUUAUGUCGUUUUAUUAUGGAUGCGUAAAGAAAGUUUUCUAACGUAAAAAGUGGAGAUGUCGCAAAGUAAAGUUGGCCCUAGUUAAUCUUGAUCUCAUGGGUGAUGUGAAAAAAAUCUACUACAUGUGGGCCCCUCUGAUAAGGAAAUCGCUCGAGUUAGCAACUUGGGUGUUGGGAAACUUCUUUGAGGCUCCAUCUCAAACAAGCUGCUUGUUCCGCUAUGUCCGGGAGACUCCCCGUUUGCGCCAUGCACUCAGCCCCUCCCUGCACGCGUACGCAAACAGCGUAGAGAGCGGCGACUGACACGAGCUGCAAAGUUUUAAACGGUACAACUCAGAUUAUACAACGGCUUCCUGCUUCACUUGAGACUCGGGAUGUUGUCUCGGCUGAGUGAGCUGAUAUGGGCAGACUGGAUUUGGUUUCCUGAAGGCCACGGCUGGGCUGACCUGAAGGACCACGAUGGCAAAGUGUUCCCCAAACCAGCGGACCUCUGGGCUUCUGUACCCAUGGCUGUCUGCUUCCUGGUUGCUAGACAGAUAUUCGAGAGAACGGUUGCGAUUCCUCUUGCCUCCAUGCUGGGUGUGAGCGACAAGAAGCGCGUUUGUGCUCCUCCAAAUCCUAUCCUGGAGGCUUAUUUUUGCAGCACAUCGAAGCAUCCCACACAGAGCUCCGUAGAGACUUUAAGUAAACAGACUGGCUGCUCAGUGCGACAGGUCCAGAGGUGGUUCAGGCAGCGGAGAAACCAGGACCGACCAAGCAAGCUCAAAAAAUUUCGGGAAGCAAGUUGGAGAUUUACCUUUUACCUUCUUGCUUUCUUUGCUGGCCUGGCAGUCCUUGUUGACAAACCAUGGUUGUAUAAUAUGACGCUGGUGUGGGAAGACUUCCCAAAAAUGCCACUGUUGCCUUCGCAGUACUGGUACUACAUUAUCGAAUUGGGCUUCUACAUCUCGCUGCUUUUUAGUGUAGCAUCGGAUGUCAAACGCAAGGAUUUCAAAGAGCAGAUAAUUCACCACGUAGCCACCCUUGCCCUCAUCAGUUUCUCCUGGCUGGUCAACUACAUCAGGGCAGGAACUUUGAUCAUGUUGGUGCACGAUGCCUCCGACUAUUUAAUGGAGUCAGCCAAAAUGUUCAACUACGCAGGUUGGAGGAAAACCUGCAACUUCAUCUUCACCGUGUUUGCUGCAGUUUUCAUCAUCACCCGCCUCGUAAUCCUUCCCUUCUGGAUCAUACAUGCGACGUGGGUGUACCCUCAGACCAUCUACCCCACCUUCUUCGGCUUCUACUUCUUCAACGGGCUAAUGUUUGUGCUGCAGGCCCUGCACAUCUUCUGGGCCGGGCUCAUCUUGCGUAUGGUCAUCAAAUUCCUGCCAGGCAACGACAUCGUUGAGGACGAGCGGAGCGACAAAGAGGAGACGGAGUCGGAAGAUGAAGGAGACGGCCACGAGCAGAGGGUAAAACCUAAGAACGGCCACAUGCGGAACGGCCACACUCCCCUCAACAACAACCACAGAAAGACGGACUGAUUGGACUGUAAAAGCUGGAGACAAGGCUGCGCGAGGAGUGACGACGGGCCCUCACACGUGGCCCUCACCUGAAAGCCAAAGAUCGGGAGCGAAAUAAGUUGGAAGGGGCAGCAGGCACCACACACACACACACACACACACACACACACACACACAGAUAUAUGUAUAGCCUCCUUUCUGAAGCCGUGGUUGCCCGGUGUGGAUAAUUUUACUUUUCUGUGGAGGACGACUGCAGUGGAGAAGCACAAUGAUCUGCUUAGCACCUAAUCAGCCGUUUGUCCUCCUUACUGACACACACACACACACACACACACACACACACACACACACACACACACACCCCAUCUCCUCUUUUCUCUCCUCUCUCGUCUCUUUUGCUACAUGCCCACAUUUUGUACUGUUGACCAAGCUGCCACGUGUCAGAUCUGCCUGCUUGCAGCUUUAUGUUUUGGUAAUAGAAGUGUUUUCGAGUGAUGCUUGAAGAAGCCUGUCGGUUAAAACUCUUCCAAGUAUUGCUGCCCUUAAACAUGAAUGAUUUUUUUUUUCUUCCUCUAAAUAACCACACUGAAGUCAGGGACGUUGUGAGGAGCAUUAAGUGAAUGCGCCGAUGUCUCUCUGGACCAUAAGUUGAUUUAAGUCCAUUUUCAUUUAAGUCCACAAUAUCAGAGAAUAAUAAAGUUAUGCAAGUUAGUUGCUGCAGCUGCCACUUUCUCACUUUGGUUCUUGCCAAUGAUUUUGCUAAAAUCCAUUUGUUCCAGUAAUGUCUAAAACAAUAGUUGGAGGUAAAUAAUAUUUUUAACAGCCUGAAAGAGUGUGAGAAGAUUCUUCAUCUGCCACAUGUACUGAAAUGUGCCUUUUGUUGACAUUUGUCUGAAAUGCUUUGCAUUUUGGGAAGUAGAGCACACAGAGAACAUUUUUAAAUGUUUCUUUUGUUUGGAAUUAAUAUCCUUUUUUAGUUUUAGAUUUUAUUUUGCUUUACGUUUUAUUAGUUUUCAGUCCAGUCGACAGUUUAAAUUUGGGAGCAAUUUGUCUCAGUGUAACCCAAACCAAUCAAUAACUGUUGAUGAAUUCUUGACGGAGUGGAUGGACGAGUCAGUAGCAUUUCCAUACAGUGUUGUUUUUCCUAUCCAUCCAAAGAUGCACUUUAUGGUUCCCUCUAUGGAUCAGCAUUGACUAAAUAUAUAGCAAACUUUGUAAUGGUGUUUGAUUUCAGUUCAAACUUGACUUCUUUUUAAUUUAGAGUAUUUGGGAGUACAGUUCCAGUUUUUUUUUUCAUAUUUAUUCGAAUUAUUACCUACCCGAAAUCUUCCUCUUUGUCAGCGUUUUGGUUCAUUUUCAAUAAAAAAAAAAGAGUAAAGUUUAAUGAACUCUUUAAGUAAAGAGGUAAAAAAUGAAACACCAAAGUAUGGUUUACAUUUUGUACUACCAUAGCAUUUGCAAGUGCCUUCAUCUUUCUAUGUGUUAAUUAUUUAAAAUAAUAAUGAUCAUUUCUGUCCCUUUGUCUUUGUCUUUCUGCUGUUUUUGUGCCUCAGCACAUGCAAUGGUCAGUUCACUGUGGAGCUCUGGGCCUUUAACUCUCCUCAGCUCAGACGACUAAUCGCCUGCAGCUCAUUCUGAAGAGCUUUGCUUUGACAAAGUGUUUUUACUCUGCAUCACGUGUUGCUGAGAUGUAAAAUCACAAUGACAACGAUGAUAAAGAUAAGUGUGGAUAACC